CCUCGCGUUUACCCCCCGACGAUCCCUUCAUGGCGGAGUAUGAGGAUCGCGCCACCGCUUCCUCCCUCCUCCUCCUCCUCCUCCUCUUCUUCUUCCGCUGCGGCGUCGUCGUCGGAUCCACCGAGGUCAUCGUCGCCGGAGGCGGCGGCGGAGGAGGAGGAGGAGCAGAAGCGCCGCUGGUUCUCCCGCUCGUCCUCCGCGCGGCCAACUCCUCCGCCUCCGCCGAUGAUCUCCUCCGGCGCCGCCGCCUCCGGAGGGAGGACUCGUACCUUCCGAACGCUCACAUGAGGCUCUACGACAAUCUCCUCACCAACGGGUAUUACACCACUCGGCUUUACAUCGGGACGCCGCCUCAAGAAUUUGCCCUAAUUGUGGAUUCGGGAAGCACGGUAACCUACGUUCCGUGCUCCUCCUGUGAGCAAUGCGGGAACCAUCAGGACCCAAGGUUCAAACCAGAUUUGUCUAGCACGUACGAACCGGUGAAGUGCAACAUUGAUUGUACUUGUGACAAUGACAAGAAACAAUGUGUUUAUGAGAGGCAGUAUGCUGAAAUGAGCUCUAGCAGUGGGGUGCUUGGUGAGGAUAUUAUAUCAUUUGGCACAGAAAGUGCACUUAAGCCACAACGCGCUGUAUUUGGCUGUGAAAAUUCUGAAACUGGUGAUUUAUAUAGUCAGCAUGCUGAUGGCAUUAUGGGGUUGGGCCGAGGCCAGCUUAGCAUCAUGGAUCAACUUGUUGAUAAGGGUGUAAUAAGUGAUUCAUUCUCUUUAUGUUACGGUGGAAUGGAUUUUGGUGGGGGUGCAAUGGUUCUAGGUGGAAUCUCUUCUCCUCGUAACAUGGUUUUUUCCAAUUCUGAUCCAGUCCGCAGCCCAUACUACAACAUUGACCUGAAGGAAAUACAUGUUGCUGGAAAGGCACUGCGGUUGGAUCCGAAGAUCUUCGAUAGAAGACACGGAACUGUCUUGGAUAGUGGAACCACGUAUGUCUAUCUACCAGCACAAGCUUUUGUGGCUUUUAGAGAUACUAUAAUGAGCAAGCUACAUUCACUGAAGCAAAUACGUGGACCAGAUCCAAAUUACAAAGAUAUCUGCUUUGCUGGUGCUGGAAGAGAUGUGUCCGAUCUGUCAAAGACCUUUCCGACUGUUGAUAUGGUUUUUGGGAAUGGACAGAAGUUGUCCCUUUCGCCUGAAAACUAUUUAUUCCGGCAUUCAAAGGUUGAAGGUGCCUAUUGUCUGGGAUUCUUUCAAAAUGGAAAAGAUCCAACAACACUUUUAGGGGGAAUUAUUGUCCGCAACACUCUUGUAACUUACGAUCGCCAGCAUGAAAGGAUUGGGUUUUGGAAAACAAAUUGUUCAGAGUUGUGGGAGAGACUGCAAACGAGUAAAGCCCCUUCACCAGCACCUUCAUCUUCCUCUUAUACAACUUCAACCAUAGAUUUAUCGCCAGCUUUCUCUCCUAGUGGAGUAGACUCUGUUCUGCCAGGUCAAUACCUAGUUGGGCUCAUCACCUUCGAUAUGUCCAUAAAUGCUACAUACUUCGACCUGGUUAGCCACAGUGCAGAAUUAGCUGAGCUUAUAGCCCAUGAGCUGGAAGUUGAUUCACAUCAGGUUCAUAUGAUGAAUAUUACAAGUGAAGGAAACCGUACCCUGAUAAGAUGGGCUAUUUUUCCUGAUGGAUCAGCUAAAUUCAUUUCUAACACAACAGCAUUGGGCAUUAUUUCUCGGUUGACUGAACACCGUGUUCGCCUCCCCGAAAAUUUCGGCACUUAUCAGGUUGUUGAGUGGAAUGUUGAGCCUCCAUCAACAAGGACAUGGUGGGAACAACAUUUAGUAGGUGUGAUAAUUGGGGUUUCAAUGGUUGCUAUGCUUUCGGCUCUCUCAGUGUGGCUCCUCUGGAGAAACAAAAUUAAAGGACCAGGUUCAUACAGGCCGGUGAACGCUGUUGUUCCAGAACAAGAGCUUCAACCAUUAUAGUACAAUGGCUUGGGAAUCCAAGUAUACAGCAAUCAGAUGAUUCCUGCCGUAACAACUGAUGUAUGAUAUAUCAAAUUGAAUAGUUUCUGGCUGGGCUAGCCUUUGCUUUCUGCCUUAUACAAAGCUUACAGAAGAGAAAGGGGACCGACUGCAAUUUGCCUCAAUUCAAAAGGUCCGUGUGCAUAUGCCGCAAAGUACCAAUCUAGCAGCCAUUAACAAUGUUGGUUUAGAUUCGGAAGUAGUGCAGGUGAUAAUGUAACACAUUCACAGGAUGAGCGAACACUUCAAUAGAAACAAGCUUAUAAACGGCUCAUCGAACCUUUUCACCAACAGAAUAUAAUUUUUGGUCCUCUCUAGAUGCUAUUUAGAAGUUAUCUAAAUUUUCAAGAAACUUAAUGAGGUAUGAACUGCUGCCGCUCUCCAGAAUGUACGGUUUUCUAUUUUCUUUUGUAUCUCUUUUUCGUGAAUACCAACUCUCUAUAGUCCGUGCCCCCCAAAAGAAAAUUGUGGGCUGUUUUAUUAUUUGGUAACUUCUGCAAUCCUUUUAGAUGCAUUUAUAUCAUCUUCCGUAA